AUGGGCAAUUCUACAACAGGGCAGUUUGUCACUGGUCAGAGAGAGAGAGAGAGAGAGGAUGACCGUCGAGGAAUCACAGGCCGCCGGAGCCUCGCCGGAGGAAAACCGGCGGGCACCAGAAGACGCGGUGAACCCCCCCCCGCCGGAAACGAGCAAGCCAAAACCCUCCGUCGAAUCCUGGAGCUCAAUAGCCGCACCGAAUACCUCCGGCGAUAUCUCGGCAACGAUUUCGAAAUCUCCGAUCAUCUCGAUUCAAGCCACCUGCAAUCAUUCUUCUCCUCUCGAGUUCCCCUUUCCUCUCACCGAGACAUCGAACCCUUCAUUCGCCGGAUCGCCGACGGGGAGCCCUCCGCCGGUCUGCUCACCGGCGAAAAGAUCAGCAUGCUUUCGCUCAGCUCCGGGACGACGGAUGGCCGGCAAAAGCUUAUUCCGUUCACCAGAUUCAGUUCUCAGGCGACUCUCGAGAUCUUUCGUCUCGCCGCUGCGUUUCGAUCGAGGGUUUUCCCCAUAAGACCCAAAGGCAAAAUUUUGGAAUUUAUAUACAGCAGCAAGCGAUACGAAACGAACGGCGGCCGCAUUGGAACGGCCACGACCCACUGGUUCGCCAGCGAAGAAUUCAAAUUGCGGCAAUCGGCAACUCAGUCUUUCUCCUGCAGCCCGCCGGAAGUCAUCGCCGCCGGCGACUACCGGCAGUCGACUUACUGCCACCUAUUGCUCGGCUUCCUCUUCUCCGACGAAGUAGAGUUCGUCGCCUCCACUUUCGCGUACAGUCUCGUUCAGGCUUUUUCUACUCUGGAGCAGGUCUGGACUGAUCUCUGCCAUGAUAUUAGAACCGGAACGCUGAGCUCGGCAAGGGUGAGCUCUGUUAAGGUGAGGAGAGCCGUUCUGAGCCUUAUGGCCCGGCCCGACCCGGACCGAGCGGAGAAAAUGAAAAGAAUAUGUGAGGAGCUAGUGAACCGGGACUGGGCCGGGGCGGUCCGGUUCUUGUGGCCCAACGCCAAGUACUUGUACUCGAUCAUGACCGGGUCAAUGAUCCCGUACGUAGAGAAACUGAGACAUUAUGCGGGCGGAUUGCCGCUCGUAUGCGCUGACUAUGGAUCCACCGAAAGCUGGAUUGGGGUGAAUCUUGCCCCGUUGGAUCCGCCGGAGCACACGAUUUUUACAGUAAUUCCUACGUUCGCAUACUUUGAAUUUAUACCGCUGACGAAGGCGAGAUAUGGUGCGUGCGAAGAGGACGAUUUUGAGGAGGGAGAAGCGGUCCCGCUCGAUAUGGUUAUUGUGGGCCAGCAGUAUGAGGUCGUUCUCACCACUUUCACAGGCCUAUACAGAUACCGACUCGGCGACAUGGUGGAAGUCUCGGGAUUCUACAAACAAACCCCCCAACUAAAAUUUAUUUGCAGAAGAAACCUCAUCCUCACGAUCAACAUCGACAAAACCACCGAAAACGACCUCCAGAUCGUGGUCGAAAAAGCCCUCAAACUCCUCCAAUCCCAUCAGGCGAAAGCUGAGCUCGUCGACUUCACCAGCCACGCAGAGGCCGCCGGGCAGCCCGGCCAUUACGUGAUCUACUGGGAGAUCAAGGGAUCGGUGUCGGAUCAGAUGCUGAGGGAUUGCUGCACAGAGAUGGAUCUGGGUUUCGCCGAUCAGGGGUACGUGGCGUCGAGGAAGACGAGCUCGAUCGGAGCGCUGGAGCUCCGGAUCGUCGGCGGGGGAACUUUUAAGAAGGUGAUGGAGUAUUACAUCGGGAACGGAGCGGCGCUGAGCCAGUUCAAGACGCCGAGAUGCACCAAGAAUCCGUCCAUGUUGGGAAUACUUGAUUUUUGCACGGUUAAGAGGUUUUGGAGUGUGGCUUAUUGUUGAAGGAUUUCCAGCGUGCUUUGCAGGACACAUGGGAUGUCCAUGCUUGUAAGGAUAGUGGCUUCAUUAAUUGUCUAAUCUCGGUGUUGUUCGUUCGGACGUGCGAUCACCGUAUAUAAUAAUUUCUUAUUU